AUGGCUCCCCCCGCUGGUGAGACUGUGACGAUCUCGAUCCGACGUCCCAUCGACGACCCCCUCUACCUGGCCGGCACCUUCUCCGACCCCCAAUGGGAGCCCGUCGAGCUCAGCUCCAAGCCCGUCGACACCGAACCCGAUGAGGACGGACUCAUCUCCACCGAAUAUCUCUUCUGGCACGAUCUGACCCUGCCUCCCGGCCAACAUCAGUACAGAUUCCGUGAGGGGAAAAAGGGCCCGUGGUUUCAUGAUGAGGCCGUAAAGCAUGUACCCGGUGAGGGUGGCCUCGUCAACGUGCUUACUGUUGGGGAGAAGGAGUCCGCGGCCGAUGCUGUCCAGCCCGUCGCGGAGAACGAGGUCAGCGAGAAGACGGAAGAGAUUGUCUCGGAGGACGCUACGCCCAAGGAGAACGGGGUCAACGGAGUUGCCGAGCAUGACACAUCUGCGCAGGAGUCCACGCCCGAGGAGCACAAGCCUGAGCCCGUCGCCGCUCAAAUAGAGACCGAGCUGGAGGAGCCUGUCACCAACGGCAGCACCGCAACCACUGAGGUCAAUGGCACCGAGACUGUGGAGCAGCCCUCGGAAGAAAAGCCUACGGUCACCGCGAACGCCCCCGAAGCUGUGGAAGAGAAGUCUGCCGAAGCUGAGCCAACCACCGAGAAGGAAGAAGCCGCCGCCACUGAGACUCAAGAAGCUCCAGUCAUCACUGAAGUUGCCGAAGCCGCCACAGAAGCCGACAAGGACCAAACCAAGGAAGAAGAGUCGGCCACUGCUGUUGAGAGCGCCCCCGAAACCGACAGCAAGGCAGCUGAAGAGCCUCAGACGGAGAAGGUCGCCGACGAGCCCGUGCCUAAGGUCGAAGAGUCUGCUAUCGAGAGUGUGGCUGUAGAGACUGCCACGGAAGAAACUCCUGCAGUGGAAGCCGUCUCGGAGAAGCCUGCUGAGACCGACCCCGUUGCGACUGAGACUUCUGUUGAGGAAUCGACCGCUCAAGAGCCCGUCGAGGAGCAGCCCGUCAAGGAGGUGGAGGCAACCGAGGCCGCGGUGGUCGAGUCUACGGAAGAGGCCGCUAAGGAGGAACCCGCGACACACGAGCCAUCCGAGUCUGCUGCUCCUGUCGAGCCUACGACUGAACCCAGCGCUGAGACCAAGGGGCUGCCCGAGGAUAGCAAGACUCAGCAACCUCUCGAAGUUGCUGCUCCUGUAGUUUCUGCUGAGGAGUCUGUCGCACACGAGGCUUCCGAGAAGUCCGAGGAGACUCCCGCUGUUGAGACUUCCGCUCAGGAGCCUGCCAAGGAGGAGCUUCUCAAGGAAGAGCCUGUGAAGGAGGAACCCAUCAAGGAAGAGUCCGUCGCCGAGCCCAGCACCGAGAAGGUUACGGAAGAGCCUGUUGUCCCCGAGCCGUCAUCCGAAACUGUUCCUACUCGAGAAUCGACUGAGACUCCCGCCACCGAGGAAGUUGAAGCCGAGCAAGCCGCGGAGGAGCCUAUUGAAGCCCAAGGCGCAGAGACUUCUGCCAUCGAGCCUCUCCCUGAAGUGGCGUCUACCGAGGCGGGCGAGAAGGAAGAGCCUGUUGCGGAGCCAGUCACUGAGGAUUCUGCUAAGGUUGCUGCUGAGGUUGCGCCAGUGGAAGCCGCCGCCGAAACCACGACCGUCGAUGAGUCCAAGGCUGAAGAGUCCGUGUCUGAGGAGAAGCCUGUAGAGGAGGCUGCCACUGAAGCCCCGGUCGAGGUCGCCACUGAAGCUUCUGAGCCCGUCAAGGAGGUCGUCGCUGACGAGCCUACUCCCGAGGUCUCGCACGCUGAAACUGUGGAGGAGGCGAAGGAGACCACAGUCGUUGAUGACAAGGAAUUGGAGGUGAACGCCGUCGGGGAGCCGAUGGAGUCACCUGUGAAAGCCGCCAACGAGUCAGCCCAGACCGAAGCCGCUGCCGAGGAACCUAUUGUGGAAGGCGCAGCCGCCGAGACCACCACCGAGCCUGCUCACCAAGAGACCGUCGCGGAAGAGCCCGUUGUAGAGACUCCUGCUGAAGCCACUACCUCCGAAGCCGCUGCUCCUGAGAUCGUCCAAGAGUCUACUGAGAAGGAAACCGUCACUGAAGAGCCAGCUGUGGAGAAUUCUGAGAAGCCUGUUGUGGAAGAGCCGGUUGUUGAGACCACUGCCGAGAAGACGCCCGAGGAGCCUGUCGUUGAAGUUCCUGCUGAGGUGGAAAGCGAGAAGGAACCUGCUGUUGAGCCCACACAAGAGCAGACCGUGGACGAGCCUGUUGCUGAGCAGCCGGUCGCCGAAACUUUGGUGGAGGAGCCUGUGAAGGAAGAACCUGUUGUUGAAGCUCCUGCUACUGAAGCGCGCGCGGUUGAGGAGCCAGCUGCUGAGACUACUUCUGAAAAGGCGACAGAAGAGCCUGCUGUUGAGGAGGCAGUUGCUGACGCUGUUGUUGCUGAAGUUACUGAGGAGCCAGCUACCAAGGAGGAACCUGUUGUCGAGGAAUCCGCCGUCGAGGAAUCCGCCGCCGACCCGACUACCGAGAAGACCUCCGAAGAGCCUGCCAUUGAGCAACCAGUCGUCGAAACCGCCCUUGAGAAGGAGCCCGAGCAGGAGCCCACAACGAAGGAAGAGUCAACGGUUGAAGAACCAGCUGUCGAGGCCACUCCUGAGGUCAGUCACGUAGAAGUAUCGGAGGAACCCGUUGCCGAGACUCCUGCUAUGGAAGAACCCAUUGCUCAAGAACCUGUUGCUGAGCCCAUCGUUGCUGAGGCUGCUGAGACCGUCAAUGAGCCUUCGGCUGAUGCCGUGACUGCGGAAGAGCCUGUAGCAGAGGCCAUCGUUGCCGAGACUGCCAAGGCCGUUGAAGAGCCUGCUCAGGAGACCCCCGUUGCCGAGGAGCCAACUACCGAAGCUCCCGCCGUGGAGGAAGCCGCAGAGCAGGAGAAGACUGUCGGGGAGCCCGUUACUGAAGAAUCUGCUUCUUCCACUGAGCAGCCAGCUCCCCAGACUUCUGCUCCCGAGGAGCCUACCGAGGAGGCGCCUGCUGUCGACACUAUUGCCACCGAGAUUGCCGAAGAGAAAGCUCAGGAGGAGCCUACCGUCGCUGUCGAAGAGCCCGUCGUGGAAGCCGCCGCUGCCGAGGAACCCGUUACCGAACAGCCUACCGUUGAAGAGCCCGCCCAAGUCGAAUCCGCUGCCGCCGAGCCCGUCACUGAGAAUGUUGUUGAAGCUGCAGAGACCGCUCAGGAGCCUGUUGCGGAAGAGCCCGUCACCGAAAAGGAUGCCGAAGUCGCGGAGCCCAUCAAGGAGGAGCCUGUCGCCGAGGAAACUGCCCAGCCCCAGCCAGCUGCUACCGAGAAGGUCACUGAGGAGGUUGCUGAAGUUGCGGAGCCCGCCAAGGAGGAACCAGCCGUGGAGGAGCAAGCGCCCGAGGUUCCUGUCGCCGACGAGCCCGCCGCAUCCGAGCCAGUGACUGAGGAGGCUGUCGCUGCCGAAGAGAUUGCUCCUGUUGCGAAGGCGCCUGCCGAAGAGACUCAAGAAGAGCCCAAGGAGGUCCCCGUUGUCGAGGAGACUCCCGCCGUGGAGGAGAGCGUUGUUCCAGAGGUCACCAUCGAGAAGUCUCAGGAGGAGCCUAAGGAGGCACCUGUUGUUGAGGAGGUUCCUGCUGUUGAGGAGACCCCCACCGUCGAGGAGGCCCCCGCCGUCGAAGCUGCUGUCGAAGAGACCCCCGCCGUCGAAGCUGCUGUCGAGGAGACUCCUGCUGUCGAGGAGACUCCUGCUGUCGAGGAGACUCCUGCUGUCGAGGAGACUCCUGCUGCUGACCAAAAGCAGGAUGACCAGACUGAUAAUCUGAGCCCUUUAAUGGAAGAGACUGACCAAAUGUCGACUUGGACGGAACAAGUGGACUAA